UUUAGCAUUUUCCCCCUCUGGUGAAAAUUGAGGCUUUGUACCUUAAUAUUGUGCACAUGUACUCUAUACUCAGUGAAAUUGGAUUCAGUUUUAUAAGAUUCAUUUAUAAAAAUCUGCUUCCAUUAACACAUCUGAGUAUGGCGUUAUCAGAUUGAGAUACAGUCACAGUACUGUCUGACUGUAAAGUCUCGAGCCAACCCACGUUUUAUAUUUUAUUUCAAUCCAGCUUUUAAAUUUUGGUUCAAAUUGUUGGAGGAGGUCAAGAGAACGGUACAACAGCGAGUGUCUGCAGUCACCUGUAAAACAAGCUGGGGACUAUGUCGUGGUUUAGGGAUGAAUUUCAGGAAGGGGUGGGGAGAACUUGUUAAAAUUGAAGGAAUUCUGAAUGUCGAAAUGUGCUGUCAGCCUUAGCCAGUCAGAAAGCAUGUGAUUGGCAACAGCUGCAUUUUUCAGCAGUAAUCACAAACACACUGCCAGUUCAGUAAAAACACAUCUGGAAAGAAAACACACAAUGUAGCAGUCAUGGAUUAGCCUCCAAAGGCAGCCAAUAUCCAAAGAGGAGCCUUGCAUGUCCUUCAAGAAGCCUGGAGAACUAUUCCUGAAGACUACUCCAAGAAAUGACUGUGUUGGACAAUAUUGACGUUCACACUCGUUAGAUUGGUAUAAACUCAGCUUUUGCUUCAUAUUUCUGUGUAAGUUUGCAUGUUUUAGUAAAUCACUGCACCUAUUUCCCAGUUUUCCUUAGAACAUGUAUAGAAAUGAUGGGUGGAUCAAGACUAGCUUGACACUCACGGGAAAUAGUCACAUGUGGGUGAAACCUGAACGUAUGGUGGAUGAUUUUGAUCAUGAAUUCAGAACUCAAGUUAAACAGUAAUUGUAACCAGCAUUAUUAAUUCACAUUAGUAAGGCAGACUUAAAAGAAAUCCAAGUUACAAAGGAGAGCUUUGCAGUUUUUUUGUUUGUUUUUUUUAAAUACAGUACACAUGUGAAAAGGUCUAAGGUUAAUCUCUAACACAAGAGCAAAUCUUAGACAGAACCUGACAGCAGAGCAUGCUGUCCAACCUUGGAUUAGUUGUAGUUAUUGAUAUUUAACCCUUUACUUUGAUUUUAAGUGUUUUGUAUUUGAUAUUUACUUUGUGUUUAUAGUGUCAAGAAAGACCAUAAUGUUCAGGGCACAUAUGAGUGUGACAAGAAUAUGGCAGCUCAUAGAAAAGAGGAGGAUGUCGUGCAUCAGUGUGCGUGGGAAACUGCCUGGUCUUCAGCAUGCUGUUGGUGAAGUUCGGAGGAAGAGCAGCUUUAGACAAAGCCCUUUGCUGACAGCCGCUCCUGGUCGUGCGCUCAUAGAUGAACAGAUCAGCAUUAAAGGGCAUUUCCUGUCUCAAAAUUAUCCUGUCACAGUGUGCGCACAAAUGCACAGUGAGGAGGGAGAUCUGUGGGAGGCGUUUGCUCAUUAUACAACAAAUGCGAGCAAGAGCAUCAACUUGACCAGCGAUCAUUCAGUUGGAGGUUCUUAUUUAGGCUGUGAGCCGAUGGGACUCUUCUGGGCUUUGGAGCCCGCACUCGGAAGCAGAGAAGUUCUGAGGCUUAGGAAAAGAAACGUGGAGACGCCAUACAUAGUGAACAUCUCCUUACUGGAGGGCCACACUUCACCCAGUGAGGGGCAGAGCACUGAGCUGGCAGCUGUAACCGUUGAGCGCUGGUACAUGGCGCCAGGAGUGAGGAGAAUAGAGAUUCGUCAGAACAAAAUCGUAGGAACAUUAUUCUUACCUCCUGGUGAGCGGCCCGGGCCCUUUUCUGCUAUGCUGGAUCUGUGGGGAAUGGGUGGAGGACUGUCGGAGUACCGCUCUGCACUUUUUGCCUCCAGGGGAUUUGCGAGUCUUUCUGUUGCCUACAUGGGGCACAAAGACUUACCUGGACCACCAGACAUAAUGAGUGUUGGCGAUUUGUAUUUCAAAUCAGCCUUCCAGCUCCUUCAAGAUCACUGUCAGGUCGAUGCAGACAGAGUUGGGGUCAUUGGCCUCUCCUUUGGAGUCUGCCUGACCCUUCGCAUCGCCACUAGGAUUGGUGUUAAACCAUCAUGUUUGAUUUGUAUUAACGGGCCAGUAGGAAGCCCGCUGUUAGAUGAAGAUGGCAAGACCAAAACGAUUGAGAGUGACCAGAAACAUUGGGAGCUCGAUGAUCGAGGCCAUGUGAGUUUCAGACAUGUCUCUCUGCCGGAUAAUCUGCCCCCUGAGAACAAACAGAAGGUAAAGAACAUCACCUGUCCUCUCAUGUACAUAGUGGGUGAAGACGAUCAGUGUGCUGCAAGCACAGAGAAUGCAGAUGUGAUUGAGGAGGCCCUGAGGUCUGCAGGUAAAUCCCAGCUGUUUACCCGUUUGUCAUAUCCCGGCGCCGGUCACCUGAUCGAGCCACCCUACGCACCGUGUGCAAGAGCGUCUCUAUGGAGAGCCAAACCAGAGAAAUUAUUCACUCUGUGGGGAGGUCACCCCGCACCCCACGCUGCUGCUCAAGAAGAUUCCUGGAAGAGGAUCCUAGAGUUUAUGGAAACCCAUCUGAGGCGGUGAAUCUCCACAUAAUCUCCAAUAAUCCAUCGUUAACAUGAUUCUGAAAUCCUGCAUUUGUUUGAGCUGUGAAAGAUGUCCUACAACUGGUGUGCAACUUGGUUUAAAAAAAUAAAUAAAUAAAUAAAACUCAUUUAAAAACUA